AUGGACGUUUCGAAUUAUGAGUACCUUCGGUACCUGGGGAUACAGAACGAAAUUAAGAGAAGAAAGGUGCAAAAAAAAAUCAGCAUAUAUCAUGUAGUCGACAUUGUAAUCCUCGUUUUGCUCUUCCUGGGGUGCUACCAAUUUGAUGCAAAGCAAAGUUACAAAAAUGAAAAGGAUAUAUUUUACAGCUUUUCCAAAUCAUUGGUGGAUUUGUUUUUCCUGAACGUGUUCAGAAUAUUUUAUACCAUAGGGUUGGUUUUGUUUUAUGGAAAAAUAAGUACUUCGAAGACCCUGGAAAAGGUGGAUAUCUUCUCGAGGCAUUUUACAGGAAUAUUGGUCAUCGUAAACACCCUGAAGAUAAUCAAUUUGGAUUAUAGCCUGAUCAAUGGAGGAGACCCCGCAGAUCAGUACAAGUCCAUUUAUGUGGGCAUCGCGAGGGGGGUUAUUAUGCUGUACAGCUUGUGUUCUUCCAUUUAUUUCUAUUUUGUGCAUAUUCAGCUGUGCACCGUGAAGAAGAGAAACAUCCUUGCGAAGGAUGAGUUGGAAAAGAUACUUGUGAAUGAGUUGAAAUGUAAGAAGUACCAAGUUUUCGGUGGAAAGACAGGAAGCAAUUUGCAGGAGACGGACGUCAGUUCGAUAAAUAAUGAUUCAACUCCAACGAAUUGUAAGAGUACGCCCUAUUGGAACCAGCCCUACAGUAAACUGAGCGACUCGGACGAUGUAUUCAAAAGUACGAAGAAGCAGAAAAGCUGGUGCAAGAAGAAAGUUGCGCAGAUGAGCAACACAUUCGUCGAAAAGAACGUAAAGGAGGCCCUCCUCAAGAAGAAGAACUACCCCCCGUAUAAAAAGUUAGAAGGAGGAAGCGGUAGUACUAACGGUGGAGGUAGUGAUGCGAACAAUGGAACCUCGUCUUCCUCCACGUCAUCGCCCACGUCUAGCGCCAAUUCGAACAUAAGCUUCCUGGAGGACAAGCUGACUUACAAAGAAUUCAGCAAUAUACUACUACCCUAUAUGUGGCCCAGCAGACGAGUAGACCAGAAGGGAAACAGCCUAAUUCUACGCACAUACGUUGUUGCCAUAUUUUUGCUCAUUAUCCUAUCGAAGGUGUUCAGUGUAGUUUGCCCAAUAUACCUAGGACUCGCCUCCAACGAAGUGUUAAAUAAGGACAUGAAGAACUCCGUGUUCUACCUCUCCAUGUACGUAAGUUUUUUUUUCAUUUCAAAAUUUUUAAAAGAGAUUUGUGGGAUUUUAUAUUCACAAGUACAGCAGUCAGCUUUUAUUGAAUUACAGGAGUCGAUUUUCCAGAAAUUCCACAACUUAUCCUAUGAGUGGUUUUCUACAAAGAACGCAGGUGGGAUUAUGCGGAUUGUAGAUCGAGGCACAGAAAGUGCGAACAGCUUGAUGAACUCAUUAUUAAUGUAUAUCAUUCCAGCCACCAUAGAAGGAAUUGUUACCUGUAUUAUUUUUGUAAUUAAAUAUAAGAAUAGCCUUCUAGGAAGCGUCCUCUAUUUGGGUCUUACUCUCUACAUAUACGCUACGAUAAAAAUAACACAGUGGAGAAAGAAGAUAAGAAACAAGGCCAACAAAAUGGACAACGUCUAUCAUGACAUUGCUCAUGAUUCUUUAAGUAACUACGAAAAUGUGAAAUAUUUCAGUAAUGAAAAUUACGAAAUUAAAAGGUUCUGUAGUGCACUAUCUAAUUAUAAUAGAUAUAAUUUAAAAAUUUUGAACAGUUUAGGUGUGCUUAAUAGUAUACAACAGUUCAUCUUGAAUGGGACUUUAUUUUUCACACUGUUCUGUGUUAUUCGUAUGAUUGUAAAUGAUGGAGCUGACAGUGGCACCUUCAUCAGUGUGAUAGUAUACACGUCCAAUGUGUUUGCUCCGUUAAGCAUCCUAGGAACGCUCUAUGCAAAUAUAGUAAAAUCGUUUACCGAUAUAAGUGACUUGACAGACAUUUUGAGAGAAAAGGUAGACAUGGCGGAGGACUCUGACUUGGAAGCAUUCACCCUUACAUCACAUGAGAAGAAAUUUGGGGUCAGCAUUCAAUUUGUGGAUGUCAAUUUUCACUACCCAUCACAACCAAUGCAUAUGGCCCUCAAAGAUGUUAACAUAUAUAUACAGCCUGGCACUACCUGCGCUAUUGUUGGCCACACUGGCUCGGGGAAAACUACCAUCUCGAAGCUCCUUUACCGAUUCUACGAUGCGGAAGGAGAAAUAAAAAUUGGAGGAAGGAAUGUGACAGAGUAUACCAGAAAUUCAGUUAGAAAUAUCAUCGGAAUUGUCCCUCAAGACACUAUCCUUUUUAACGAAACAAUUCGUUACAAUGUACUCUAUGGGAAAUUAGACGCAACGGAGGAACAGUUAAUUGAAGCCGUCAAAUCUGCUCAGCUGUACGAUUUUAUUAUGUCUCUGCCGAAGAAGUGGGACACUCUUGUUGGAGACAAAGGGGUAAAACUGUCCGGAGGGGAGAGACAAAGGAUCGCCAUAGCCAGAUGUCUACUGAAAGAUCCGAAAAUUGUUAUUUUUGACGAAGCAACUAGCUCAUUGGACUCGAAAACGGAAUACUUGUUCCAAAAAGCAGUGGAAGAUUUAAGGAAAAACAGGACCCUAAUUAUAAUUGCACAUAGACUUAGUACCAUUUCGUCAGCAGAGUUAAUUGUGCUGUUAAAUAAAGGCAGGAUUGUGGAGAGAGGAACCCACCAGCAUUUGCUUAAAUUGAAUGGAGAGUACACGGAGAUGUGGAAUAUGCAAUCCAGAUCGAAUGAUCUUUUUACGGAUGAUAAUUUUUCAAAUGACGGGAAUAGGAGCGAUCCUCCGUUGACCAAACAAGGGGGGGAAGACAAAUCUGGGCUCGGCCCCAAUGGGUUUAAAAAAGGCGCCCAUCAUCCUGGCAGAGCUAGCAGUGCAAGAAGCGCCUUCUCUGGUAGUAACGAACAGGAGGACAAGUACGGUAACCGCAAGAAGGGGAGUGGACAUCUGAACAUAGAGAGCAUCUUGAAGGAUGCUGCGAGGAGCGCCGUCAGGUCCAGCCGUGUCAGCAAAACGAAAGGUAGUAAAGCCAGCAGCAACUGCAGCAGCACGGCUAGAAGUGUGGCCAGUGCAGGAGCCAGUGAUGUGAACAGAGUCUCCAGUAUGAACAACAUGAGUGGCAUCGCCAAUGUAAGUGACUUCACCAGUGACAGAAGCAUCUUCAGCCCCAUCAAUCAAAACGUUAACAGCGUCCACACAGGUGCGAACGAGAACUAUAGCAGUAUAUACGAAACGAAGAAGGAGAACAUUGGCAGCAUUUUCAGGGGUAGUUACGCCAGCAACGAUACUGUGCAUAGCAGCUGUGGCGAAGAUAGCAUGAAGAGUGGAAGUGCACGGGGUGGGAGCGUUCGGGGUGGAAGUGUGCGGAGUGGAAGGCAAAGUGAUCGAGCAAGUGUACACAGCGGAAGGCGAAGUGACCGUGGAAGGCAAAGUGACGCCGUACCCAGCAUCAAGGUGAACGACACCGAACAGAUAAGGGACGAAUUGGGCAGUGUGCGAAGCAGCAACGGGCAUAUCGAUAUGGCCAACAUCAGCGUUAGCGAGGCGAGCGCAGAGCAGGUUAGCGUCGGAGGAGUCAGCAGUGAGCAUGUCAACGUUGACACGGGCAGCAGAGAAAACAGCAUCAUAGGUGGUGGAGAGCAGAUGCCCAUGGAACCAGUAAACAGCGAACACAUUACCAAUGAGAUGGGUGAUCAUAAUAGUACGCCCGCCAGCAGUGCGUAUAGCAGGUUGGCCAGUGGCAACAGUCCUGUAGAUAACGACACCAAUCCUAACAGCUACAAUAGUAGCAGCACGAACAACGACCUUGACAUACGUGGAGAAGACAACAAUAUUAACCACGACGCGAACACCUUCAGUGGCAGUGCCAGCAAUGAUAACAACAUCAGCACGAACGAUCUGGACAACCAAGACUACAACAGUGGCUUCCAGGUCGACUACCAGGUGGACGUAAACGAUCCGAUCAACAUGCACGAACAGGGGAACAUAGACGUGAACGCCCCGACAACUGCGAAUGAACCGACUACUGCUAACGAUCCCUCCGUCAGUUACGAUCACAAUGCCGCCCCGGUGGACUAUGACUAUAGUUACGACAAUGGGGUUGACAACGGGGAUGACAACGGUGAUUAG